GCUGUCCAACCGCCACCAUGCCGGAAGUUGAGAGGAAAUCCAAGAUCACUGCCUCCCGAAAGCUCAUGCUGAAGAGCCUGAUGCUGGCCAAGGCCAAGGAGUGCUGGGAGCAGGAGCACGAGGAGCGCGAGGCCGAGAAGGAGCGCUACCUGGCGGAGCGCAUCCCCACGCUGCAGACCCGCGGCCUGUCGCUCAGCGCCCUGCAGGACCUGUGCCGGGAGCUGCAUGCCAAGGUGGAGGUGGUGGAUGAGGAGCGUUAUGACAUCGAGGCUAAAUGCCUUCACAACACCAGAGAGAUUAAGGACCUGAAACUGAAGGUGCUGGAUCUCCGUGGGAAGUUCAAACGCCCGGCCCUGCGCAGGGUCCGCGUCUCGGCUGAUGCCAUGCUCAGGGCCCUUCUGGGCUCCAAGCACAAGGUGUCCAUGGACCUGCGGGCCAACCUCAAGUCUGUGAAGAAGGAAGACACAGAGAAGGAGCGGCCUGUGGAGGUGGGUGACUGGAGAAAGAAUGUGGAGGCCAUGUCUGGCAUGGAAGGCCGGAAGAAGAUGUUUGAUGCUGCCAAGUCUCCAACCUCACAGUAGAGCCCUGCUUGCUGUGCUGCAUUUUGGGGCCUUCCUUCGGGCUCCUCUCUCCAGCCCUGCUCACCGCAUUGCCAUUUCUGGCACUUCCCCUUCCCCUUCUGGUGUCUGAGACCUCACUCCAGCAGAGUGGAUUUCCAGCUGUCCCGAGGCUCUGGGACUGGGAUUGCCCAGUCACUGUGCGGAACACUGAGGACGGAG